AUGGAAUUCCAUCCAUUGAUUUUUAGAUGGCUAUGUACAAUUUUACUUGUGACGGGUAGCGUUUUGGAGGAAGGCUGUACUUUGGGACUUGGUGGGCACACUGGAAUGCUUAGGAAUAACCGACUGCGGCGUAGUUCUCUGGAGAAGUUAAAGAGAUCUCGAAUCCCUUAUUCCUAUGAUUCACAUAUAAGUAUCUCUCCAUACGAAGCAUACAACUAUACCCAAAUUGUGGACCAUUUUGGGUACACACCAGAGAGCUAUCAAACCUUUCCCCAGCGAUAUUUCAUAGACAAGUCGAAUUGGGGCGGCGCUCAAAACAAUUCUCCCGUAUUUGUAUGGUUGGGUGAGGAAGGAAACAUUGCAUUCGACUUGGGCGUGGGCAUCCUGGUAGAUCAGGCUCCUAAUUUCAAAGCUCUUGUGGUCUACAUAGAGCACCGUUAUUAUGGAACGUCAAUGCCAUUCGGGGGAGAGAAGGAAGCGUAUGCAAAUGCGAGCACAAUGGUGCUAGCUGCAUGGUUUCGCCUCAAGUAUCCACAUCUAACAAUUGGGGGCCUCGCAUCAUCGGCACCUAUCCUUUACUUCGACAAGAUAACUCCCACUUUUGGUUAUGGCAGUGUUGUCACCAAAGAUUUCAGAAAUGUGAGUGAAAUUUGCUACAGAAGAAUUAAUGAAUCGUGGGAUAUGAUGGACAAAAUUGCGUCUAGCCCUCGAGGCCUGCUAAACCUAAGCAAACAAUUUAACACUUGCGAUGUCUUGUUUGAUUUCUCUGAAAGCAUUGUAGCUAUCGUAACUGAAGAGGGUAAGUUGGUUCAGAAUACCUAA